UUCAAUAGAUUUUACCAUUGAGCGUGCUCGUGACAUCAUCAACCCGCGUCAAUGUUUUCUUGUUAUCAUCUUACUUGUCAUCUCGAAUAUUUGCCUGGAUAAAACAAAUGUCAGCAGCGCCUCCAGCAGUGAAUGAGGUCUAGAGUUGUUUUGAAGAAGCCCUCCAUCUGGAGCCAAGAUGGGCCAGCAGCUUUCUGGCCAGGCAGUGACCAGACUCCCUGAGAAAGUGAUCAAACAUGUGGGGCUAGUGCGUGACAGUGGCUACCUCACCUAUGAUGAGUUCUUGGGUCGUGUGGCAGAGCUCAAUGAUGUAACUGCUAAACUAGCCUCUGGCCAAAAGAAACAUCUUUUGUUUGAAGUGCAGCCGGGAUCUGAUGCAACCGCAUUAUGGAAGGUUGCUGUGAGAAUAGUGUGCACCAAGAUUAACAAGGAGGAUGGAAUGAUGGAGGCCUCCCGUAUUAUGAAUCUGUACCAGUUUAUCCAGCUCUACAAAGACAUCACAAGUCAGGCAGCUGAAGUAUUUUGUUCAGAGGAAGCAGCAAAGGGAUCCUCUGGACCGCUGUCGUCCGAAGACACCUGCCAGGCCAGCAUGUGGAUGGGCAGGGUGAAACAGUUGACUGAUGAGGAAGAAUGCUGUAUCUGCAUGGAUGGGAAAGCAGACCUUAUUCUGCCCUGUGCACACAGCUUCUGUCAGAAGUGCAUUGACAAGUGGAGCGGUCAGAGCCGAAACUGCCCCAUCUGCCGGAUUCAGGUGACUGCCUCUAAUGAAUCCUGGGUCAUGUCAGAUGCUCCCACGGAGGAAGAUAUAGCUGGGUACAUUCUCAAUCUCGCGGAUGAAGCCGGGCACCCACACAGACCUUAAAAUGAAGCACUGUGCCACUGUCAUACUCACUGUCUCCCCAUAACAGAUGACCUUCUUUAAACAGUUAUUUCAUAGGGUGACUGUGGGUAUUUGUUGCACUAUAUAGUUUCACUCACUGGAGGCAAUAACUGCUGAGUUUUUGAAUUUUUAAUAAACUAUUUUUAGGUUAAUGCGUCAUAUUAUAACACCUGACCUGACCAAUCCAUAGACAUGUGACUGUAAACUGUAUGUAGGUAAAUGCUAGACAAUAUGUAGCUGUAAAACUUCAUUUCCUCGUUGCACUUGCCGUUUUAUCUUGUUUGUGAAGUAAUUGCACUUAAUUGCAUUUGUUCCGUAAAGGCCUUGUAAUACCUGAAUAAGCAUCACAGUAUCAGCAUUUGCAGCAGUUUAAUAGUGUUGAUGCUGUAAUUCAGUCACACAUGAUUCCGUAACAUUAACUGUACAGUUGAUGUGCAUUUAUAAUCUUAGGUUUAACGAUAGCUGUAUUGAUCUGUUUGACAUGAACUCCUUACCUAUGUGUAAGUUGGAUCAAUUGUUAAUUAUAGGGUGUGACUCUCAUAUAACAUUCAUUAUGGAACAUAAUUAGGAUGGAUUAACAUUUGAGAAUGAGCUAAUUUUUCUUGUUUUCUUUAGUUGCAAACGAAAGCUUUAUUUUAUAGGGCAUCACUGACGCUUUCAGUGGAGGUUAGCCAUGUUUUUUUCUGGUUUGAAAUCCCAGACUUUUCAUUCUGCACUUUUGCGUGUAUGAGAGACUGUGAAUCUGUAGGCUUAGGGAGUUCACUUGUAUUAUAAAGAUAUGUAUAGAGCAAAGUCUAAAUUUGUGUGGUGGUUUAUUAAGAUUUAAUCUAGUUUAUCAAGAUCUACUAAUCUAGUUUUAAAAAUGUCCAUUUCUGCAAUAUUCUCAUAUUUAUAGAGAUUGGAAUGAAUGGUAGUAAUUUUAUUGGAGAAAAUUACAUUACUUCCCGUUUUCUUUUGUGAGGGUGUUCUUUCAAAGGAGAGAUCUUUUAAAUAUGGACUGAACUGGGAUGUCUGGUGUUCCCUUUUCUUGUGUAAAUCUCGAAUAAUAAAGUAAAUUUAAUAUUU